GACAUCACGACUACAUGUAUAUAGGAGCGUGGUCAUGCGGAUCACUCUUCAGCUCUGCGCCUUCUCCCACUGGUGAUUCUGAACCAAAAAAUUCUACGCUGAGAUUUGUGCUUAUCUUGUGAUUUAUUUUAAGUUAUUAAAAGUAGAAUGGGGUACAUUCAGAUAUUCAUAUUCGGAAUAGUAGCAUUUUGGUGCUUUGGCGCAGUGGCCUGCCAGACCUGUUCCCCUGUGGAUGACACACAGAAAAAAGAUUCAAGCGCAGAGUUCUUAUGUCCAGGAAAAUGGGGUUACUAUGAGCAUGCGGAUUGCACCAAGUAUAUCAUGUGUUCCUGGGGAGCAGCGCACACGAUGCCGUGUCCAAAAUCGCUCGUCUGGGACCAGGUUGCUCUCACCUGUAACUAUCGCAGAGCUUUGCCGUCUAACCAUAGAUGCAAACACGGCCCGCCCCAGGAGGACCCCGAGCCAACAGGUAUGUGCAGCCAGCCUUUCCAUCUACAUGACAACAGGUGCUAUUUCAUAAAUACGCCGUCAAUACAGCUAGGAUGGGAGAAAGCCAGACAACUAUGCAGUUAUUUCCAGGCUGACUUGGUCGCCAUAGAAACGAGAACAGAGCACGAGUAUCUCAAGACAAGGAUCCGGGAAAUGCAGGAAAAUCAGGUUUUUUCCGGCUCUUGCUGUGGGGACUAUUGGACGUCAAGCAGCAUGAAGGGCCGAAACUGGUGGACUAGUGGUAAAUUAGUGAACGGCGAGUGGGUGUGGACUGCCACCGGUGCCACGAUAAACAGCGAGUACUGGGGCUUUGCCGAUGGUGAGCCAAAUCAAGUACCAGUAGGAGAGGCUGCAUCUUGUGUUGGAUUAUACGUACCGGAUUACGACUUUCAUGACGUCAUGUGUAACGUCACUUCUUAUUGCGAGUACCACGGAUACAUAUGUGAGAAAGGCAUGACUUACUUGUAAACAUUCAGACUCGUUAUAAAUUGACAUUUAGACAUCCAUGAUCAAAGAAACAGUUUCUCAAGAAUUUUAGAAUAAGUGGUACGUGUAUGUGGUUUGACGGUGUAAAGAAAUUUGUGAAACAAACCUACAUCUACUAGUACGUUUUAGAAUGAGAAGCUUCAAAACCAUUUUAAAUGGGUUGUACAUGUAUUUGCAUACCAUUUGUCAACGUGUAGUCAACAUUGCUAACUACGGGAUAUCGUCUGUAUGCAGCCUUCGGCAUUGAGCUUUGGAAGAACGAGUAGAACAUAGCGGUUGCCGAUCAACUUGGGAAUUUUGUAUGUAAUAUGUCUUGACAGAAUACACCCAAAACUUAAAUCCUUUUCUACAAAGGUUAGCUUACGAUGGAAAUUUUAUUUUAACGAGUUUCGUCGUAUUGUAUUUGUCUGAAUAUCGCUGUGUUAUUUUAACAAAACGUCAUCUUGGUGCGAAAUUUGUGACCUAAUGAAUUAUUCUGUGAGGCGUGGUAAUUAAAAUCUUUUAUAAAAAAGUAACCAGUCGCAUACAGAGAAUGUACAAAUACACAGAACAUAUAAAAGUGCAAUUACCCGGUAUGUUUAUUUAAAACUUUCUGAACUCAGCUUGAUAUCUAAAUUUGUUCA